UCCUCACCUCGGAUAAGACCUGGAGGCCGAGGUGGCUCCAGUGACUGUUUCUGUGUGUCGCAUGUCUUCGUAGGCCAGGCCCGCAGACACAGGAGAGCUUGAAGGACUGUGCGGCGGGAGCCCUGCACCGCUCCAGGCCCCAGGCCCCCUGGAUCCAUCGGGGCGCCUCCACCCAGCUGUUAGCAUGAUGUCUUACCUCAAACAACCCCCAUAUGGCAUGAAUGGGCUGGGCCUGGCUGGGCCGGCCAUGGACCUCCUGCAUCCCUCUGUGGGCUAUCCUGCCACCCCCAGGAAGCAGCGGCGGGAGCGCACCACCUUCACACGCUCACAGCUGGACGUGCUCGAGGCGCUCUUCGCCAAAACUCGCUACCCUGACAUCUUCAUGCGCGAGGAGGUGGCGCUCAAGAUCAACCUGCCGGAGUCCAGAGUCCAGGUCUGGUUCAAGAACCGGCGGGCCAAAUGCCGACAGCAGCAGCAGAGCGGGAGCGGAAGCAAGAGCCGCCCAGCCAAGAAGAAGUCGUCUCCAGUGCGGGAGAGCUCGGGCUCGGAGAGCAGCGGCCAAUUCACGCCGCCGGCUGUGUCCAGCUCUGCCUCAUCCUCCAGCUCAGGCUACCCCGCGCCAUCCUCUUCCUAUUUCGGCGGCGUGGACUGCAGUUCAUACCUAGCCCCCAUGCACUCGCAUCACCACCCGCACCAGCUCAGCCCCAUGGCACCCUCUUCCAUGGCAGGCCACCAUCACCAUCACCCUCACGCACACCACCCUUUGAGCCAGUCCUCGGGCCACCAUCACCACCAUCACCACCACCACCACCAGGGCUACGGGGGCUCGGGUCUCGCCUUCAACUCUGCCGACUGCUUGGAUUACAAGGAUUCUGGCGCCGCCGCUGCUUCUUCCGCCUGGAAGCUCAACUUCAACUCUCCCGAUUGCCUGGACUAUAAGGACCAAGCCUCAUGGCGGUUCCAGGUCUUGUGAGGCGAGGAGUGGGAAGAAGAGAAGAAACGCAACUACCUGCGCCCUCCAUGGUUCCCGUCCUGUUGCUGCUGCUGCAUCUCCCGCCUUUGCCUCGGCUUCUCCAAAACUGAAAUUCCGCACCCCCAAAAGAUGCCCAUUGCCUGCACUGUUGCCCAUAUCUUCGUGCCACUUGCUUGGGGGAUGUGCAAACCCACCUACCCCUUGGAUGGGGUCCGGUGCUUCCUCUUGGCCUACACAUUCUAUAGGGGAGAGCUGUGAGCUCUCUUCCUCAACCCCCACCAAGCUCCUAAGUCACCCCCUUCCUGUCUUUCUACAGCUGUUAUGCACUUGCAGCCUUCGGAGGCUCUUCUCUCUGACCCGCUGUUUGAGCCCAACACUUUUAUUUAUUCUUGCUGUACUCUGGAGUCACCAACUGGCGCGUUUCUGCUUAUUUGAGUGCACCCACGCACUACUCCAAAACAACCAUUAAGUGUUUCUCCUGCGCAAACUGCCGUCCCUUCAGCUGCCCUCGAUCCCGCUCCCCGCCCGCAGGCCAGAGGACCCCAGCCUUUCCUCCUCCCGGAUGGGGUGCGCUGAGCUUGGCCCGCGGGCGCUCCUUCAGCCUUGCGCACAGAGCCGCCCCGCCCUGCGCCGGACUGGUUCAAGCUUCCGCCUCGGCGGGAAUGCUGUACAUAGUCGGGUCCGUUCCAGGGACCCCUUAAACUUUUCAGUUGCUGUUGGUUGAACUGAGCAUAUUCCGUCUUAGCGCCCAGAAAACAGAACUUUAAGAGAUAUACAGCACAUAUAUAUGUGUGUGUAUAUAUCUAUAUAUAUGUGCACACACAUAUACAUAUAUAAAACGAAAGCAAAAAAUAUUUUCCCUCUCUCCCUUCCUCUCCUCAAAUGAUGGCGCCUUUUCUUUUUCAGUCGUUGCAAAAGCUGUCCUGCCCUCUUCACAUCUUGUCCCUCCGUGUAUUUAUUAAAGAGAACCCGCUUGGUUCCAGUUAGCUGGGGUGGAGGAUCAGGAGUGUGGAGGAAACAGCAAGUCAGAGUACAGGGGUGGUGCCAGGCUUGGAAGGGGCGUAGAACUGAGCCCCUGACCCUGCCUAAGCAUAGGGUCGCACUUCUGGUUUAUAGACCAAAAACAAACAAAAGAAAAACCAAAAAAAAAAAAGUAAAAACACAGCAUUAUGGGAAAAAAACGAGCCCAGGCCCUAAACCCCAGCGCCAAUUCCUCUGUCGGCUUCACUCUUGAAACACCCUGUUUUGUCUAGUGAGUUCCUAGUGCACCUUCAUCCUCCGAAAUCCGCGGAGAGCCCGCGCGCCUGUGUAUCAAUUUUGGCUUUGGCCGCUUCGUCCAGUAGGUGGGAAAGUAAUUUGUAAAAUUGAUUUGUCCAAUGUGAAGAUCACAAAUUACUUGUCGAAAUGUAAGGCAAUGCCCCUCCUCUUUAUCUACGUUAUUUCCCGAAAAUAAACGCAAAUUA